AUGUCAGAUCAAAAACCUGAAAAAAAGCAAAGAAUAUUUAAUUGUAAUAAUGAAAAUAGCAGUGAGGAUCUAGAAGAUAAAAAAAUAGAAUGCAAACUUUUAAAACUAAUAGAUAAUAUUAAAUUAUUUGAAUCAAAUAAUGAAGAAGACAGAAUCGAAUCUAUUAAAUAUUUUAAUAGUUAUCAUAAAAAGAAAGCACCUGAAUUUUAUAAUUUAGAACACUAUAUUCACUUUAUUGUCAAUAAUGAUAUGAUGUACAGUUUAUAUCCAUGUGAAACAACUUUUACAGAACUUGGUUUAUUAAGUAUCAAGGAUUUUGAAGAGGUGGCUCUAGAAAAAAUAAAGAAAAAUAAAAUAAAUAAUAACAAUAACAAUGAUCAUAAUCAUAAUAAAAAUAAUGAUAAUAAUAAUAAUAAUAAUAAUAAUAUUGAAAGCAAUGUAAACGAUACAAUAGAUAAUAAUAAAGCGUCAAUUAAUCAUUUACCAGAUUUCAUAAUUAAAAUUAUAAUAAACGAGCUUUUCAAAUUUUCCUUUGUUGAUAGUGAUUACAAAGUUAUAGAUAUAAGAAAAAUGAUUUAUUUAGGUUUAAUUUCAAAAAGAUUUUUUAAACAACUUUCAGAUUUAAUGGAUAACAACUAUUACGAGUGGAACCAUUCACCAAUAAAAACAUAUUACAAUAAAAGCAAUUUGAAUAAACAUCCUCCAUUAUUUUUCAGAUAUGGAUCUUUAUCACUAAUUCCCUAUUUUGAAACAAGUAGAAAAGAAUUGGGGUAUUAUUUUUCAAGGAUCGAAACCUUUGUAAUUGAUAGUAAUGAAGUUUCAAUAGAUGGUUCUAAACAAAUUCCCUCAUUUUAUAAAAAGUGUGAUGAUAAUGGUGUCUUUGUAUAUCCUCCACCAAUGCCAUCAUUAAAAAACAUCUAUAUUUAUGGCUUUCUUGGUGUUUCUAAUGGGCUUAUUGAUCUUUUCAAUUUCAUAUUUAAAAAAUCAAAAUCAACAAAUCUAAUACACAAAAAUAAUAAUAUAGAUAAUCCUAUAGUAAACAAUAAUAGUGAUCAAAAUAGCAAUCAAAAUAACAAUCAAAAUAUCAAAAACAAUAAUAUAAACGAUAAUAAUGAAAUUGGUGGUAUCGAAAAAAUUUCAAUAGAUAUUUGGUCAAAGAAUUUAAAUAAAACUUAUACUACACUUCUAUUUAAAUAUUUAUUUGAUAUCAUAAAGCAAAUUCAAAUUAAUAUGCAACUUGCAAAAACAAAAGAAGUAUUAGAUAUAAUAAUUUUUUUUAAUCAAUAUGGUCAACUUUUAAAUCAUAUAUCAAUAAACUUUGCAAUAGACUCAUCCAAUUUAAAAGAAUGGUAUGAUAACAAUAAUAAAAACAUGGAUCCAGAUCAAAAUAAUUCCAUUUUAAAAUUUUUAAAUAACCAAAAAUAA